GUUGGUUCUGACGCGCGUUAUUGCGGCGUGACGACGUCGUAGACGCAGGCGUUCGAUUGUCCGUCCGCGGGCUACGCCAUUUUCGCGGGCAAUUUCGUCAUCCUCUCCGUUCACAACUCGUGACAAGACACUGGUCGUAUCGCGGGCGUUCGCCUGCGGGAGCCCAUUAGAAACAAAGCGGAAGAUGUUUGCUUUGCUCCGCUUCGCCCAAUCGACAGCGAUCAGAGCACGAUCGUUUGAUGACGUCGCGGAAAUCUGUUGCGCGUUGAGAGAACGUGGGAGGGAUUCGUGGAAUUGUCACGGUGUUCCCUAUAAUCCGUCAUAAUUACGUCGUGGAUCGUGACCGAUGGAGAGUCCAUAGAAGAGCGAAUGGUUUUUUUUUUCUUUUGUUUCUCAGGCACCCUAACCUACUUCGUGGACACGGCGUUCGCGUGAUAAGGCUCGGCGUGUGUGUGUGUGAAUAUACGCGACGAUGACUUCCAUCGCUCGGCACUUCCUCGUUCCCUCGUCAGUAAAUUAAAGUUCCCUUGCUUCGAACGUAAUAAUAAUCUACGCAACACGCGUUCGUAUCCUGACAAGACGAGCAGUCGCGUAUGGUUAUAGUGUCACGUGAGGCACACAUCCGGAGGCGACGACUCGCAAUCCCCUCCGGUUAAUCCUCGGACUCGAGGAUUUCGCGACGCGACCGCGAAGAUGCUCCAGCGACGAGAUCGCGGCAGAAGACGUGUCCCCGCUGUGACGUACCGCGUUCCCACCACACAAGAUGAACUCGCUGCUGAGGAUGUCCAUAAUGGGCAACAAAAGGAACCUGCUGGUCCGCGACUCACUGCAGAGGCAGCUCAAUACGAGCGUCAUGGAGAUGCAGAGCGCGCCGGGGGUCGCCGACGACGGCGGCGGCGUGGUCGGCAACUGCGACGAGACCAUGACUCUCUGCUCCGUCCUGGAGGCCGUGUUUCUGCACGGCUUGAAGGACAGCUUGCUGAAUCGGGUGACCGAGGCUCUCAGCGGUCCCGACUUCGACGCCAUGCCGCAGCCGAGCUUCUGGGGUCCUCUGUUGGUCUUCUCGCAUCGUCAGAUUAUAGACCAAAUACAGGCCCUGAGUCAAGUCACCACGGAGGUCGGGUACUGUCGAGCGUGGAUACGACUGGCGCUGAACGAGGGUCUGUUAGCUAGCUACUUGUGCGCCAUAAAGAAAGACAAUUCAGCUUUGAAACCGUAUUACAAUCGUUCAGCUUAUAUCAGGGACGUGGACCUCGUUGAUGUUGCGCAAAGAUUGAUAGAGAACUUGGAUUAUGUACGAUUCGAAUUGGCCUGCAACAGCAGCCUCUUGAACUUCUGGUCCUCCACUCCUCUACUUAUAGCUGGCAUCUGGUCCCCACCGAUGAAAUCUUGUCCCGUAUUUAGCGCCGUAGAUAUAGCGAAAACGAUAAACAGCGAGACGGCCGAUAAUUUUGACGAGGUGGAAACAAGUUCGAUCGGUAGCUCCGUCGGAAUAGGAUCUUUCAUUUCCUCGCAAUCUGUGUUCAACAAUGUAAUCACGGAAGACGAGGCGUUGAAAAUUAUUCUAGAAUCUAAUAGCACUGUUCAUCAAUUGCACGAUAAUCCAACGGGCAACCUGCAGGAAAGCAAUGUUGCUCAACAGUUACCCAGCGAUUCUGCAAAUGCUGUAAAAAGUUCGGAAGAUGUCAAGCGAGUGGCCAAGGAGGUACAACAACAGAUGUCAAAUGGCAAUGCAGAAAAUACAGACAUUGCUGAUACGGAGGAUCCGCCACAAGAUGCUUCGAAGGAUGAAGUUGUUAACGAUGCUAAUGCGGCCACUGUGGGAAAUUCAUUGAUAGGGAAGUUAGGAUGGUCGACGUCGUUCGAAGAUUGUCAGUCUUCUUUAACCUCACCUGUGAUGCCUCACGGAUCAAGCGUGGAUACACCUCGUACACCCGGCGAAGGUCCUACAUAUGACGCACUCAUUCAAAGUUACCAAACUGGAAACAGUACAGUGGCAGAUUUGCAAGAAUUUCUAAAGAAAUAUCCGAAGAAGGAAACUGUUGAAGAAAGCCCUAAGACUCAGCCUGAACCAAAGGCUAUGGUGAACUUCGACGAGCAGUUGGGUAAUAUUCCAAAUGAAAAGGGUUUAGACGUGCAAAAUUACAGUUGUCUUGAAUGUGGCCACGCGAUUGGCAUGACCUUCUCGAAAGCGCACGUGUGUGCGUAUUCGGGCGAUUACUACUGUUCGAAGUGCAUGGCAGAGGGGCAAUAUCUCAUACCGUCGCGUAUCAUUCACAAUUGGGACUUGAAACAGUAUUCCAUUAGCCGAAAGGCCGCUUCGUAUUUAAAAGGCAAGCCGGCCCUGCUGGACAUAAAGAUCUUAAAUCCGAGGAUUUACAUGGCAGUAGAUACUAUGGCACAAUUGCAGUCGUUACGGAUCCAGUUGAAUCUACUGAGAGCAUAUCUAUUCACAUGUCGCGAACCCAUUAUUGAAUCCCUACAGAAGAAAGUCACGCCGAGAGAUUACCUGUACGAACACGUUCAUCAAUAUUCCGUUUCCGAUCUUCUGGACAUACCCAAUGGGAUUCUCGCACAGCAACUUCAAAAGGUUGUCGAAUUCGCGAGGAAUCAUGUAAUAAAUUGUUGGCUUUGCAGUCAGAAGGGCUUCAUAUGCGAAGUGUGUAACGAUACAAAAGUCAUUUAUCCUUUCAAUAUGGAGUCUACAUUCCGGUGUGGAGCGUGUAAUGCCGUAUUUCAUGCAAACUGUUUAAACGCCAGUAAACCGUGCCCGAAGUGCGAACGCAAACGUAAACGGAUGGAUAUGCCUCUUUUGGAUAUGGGAUGUACAGAUCUACCGAACAGCAGUGUGUCAUCGUCUCCGAUUGAAACGAAUUAAUGUAUAUUGUUAAUAUUGACAAUGCUUUAUUGUUUGUAUUCCGAAAAGUUAAUUUUGCCACGCACAUUCUUGUAAUUUUAAAACUAUGAAUUCCGGCGCCUGCUAUUCUCAUGUAAAUAAUUGUAUCAUAUGCAUAAAAAUGUAUGAAAAUGUAACAUAUUUUUGAUCAGUUCUUCUCAAAUGUAUAUCGUUAUUAUAUACUUGUACAUACUCUUAUAUAAUUAGAAAAAUUUUUGUACCUUUCGAGAUUGGCAGCUUUCCGUACCAAACACAUA